AUGAUGAACCUUGUUUUCAUUGGGCAUCAUGGUGAUGCUACUAUGGUAGCUGCUGCUGGUCUUGGAAAUAUGUAUAGCAACAUUACUUGCUUGCUCAUUAUUUAUGGACUUAAUGGAGGGAUUGCGACCCUUUGCUCUUAGGCCUACGGUUGUGGAAACAUGAGAAAGUGCGGAAUUUACCUGAACAAAGGAAGAAUAUCUGCAUGA